GUCCUGAUUAAAUUGUAUGAAGUUUACUGACUUAUUAACCUGUCAUGUCGCUUCAGACAUUCAUCACAUGUUGCAUCUCGAUUUGAGAAUCACCAUGAUCCUCAAUCCUUAAAGAUGCAAGAUUUGCCGCCAUUGCCUUACUCCCAUCUGGCAUUUACUUUAGCACUUUUUUCACUUAAAACCAACUCGACAUAACAAACCCAACAAGUCGCUCUUCCUGGACACCCAAAGAACCGUUUUAUUUAUUUCUGCGGUUACCACUUUGUGACAUUUUUCAUGUAAAAACCGCCAAAACCGUUUCCCGAAAUUCCAAAAAUAUUCGUUAUUACAUCGACUCAAGCAUCAGUAAUCAUGGUUCCGCUCUACAUGUUUCCCACCUGCUGCAUUUCCGGAAUUUCCGCCGAAGAGAAACUCGGAUGUCGCUUUCCCGGAGCUCCGGCCCACUCGUCGGUGGUGUUUUCCGACGAGAACCUCGGCCCCGGAACCGUAGCCACCUACUCCUGUGAGCGAGGAUUUGAACUCCUGGGCCCCUCAAGACGCGUGUGCGAAAACGGGCAAUGGCUGCCUGAGGGAAUUCCGUUUUGUGUUUUGAAUGUGGCUGCUGGGAAGGCCCCCAUGCAAGUGAGCACAGAGUCGGGGGGAAUCCCACAGAAGGCCAUCGAUGGAAGUACAAGUGCGUUUUUCAACGCGGAAACUUGCACUCUGACUAAAGCAGAACGUACUCCUUGGUGGUACGUUAACCUUCUGGAGCCCUACAUGGUCCAGUUGGUGCGACUGGAUUUUGGAAAACCCUGUUGUGGAGCGAACAAACCGGCGACUAUCGUCGUCCGUGUGGGCAAUAACCGCCCAGACCUAGGCACUAACCCCAUCUGCAACCGCUUCACCGGUUUCCUCGAAGAAGGCCAACCCCUUUUCCUGCCAUGCAACCCUCCCAUGCCCGGAGCCUUCGUGAGCGUCCACCUCGAAGUGCCUGUCGCAAGUCAGUUAUCCAUUUGCGAAGCCUUUGUUUACACCGACCAAGCCCUCCCCAUUGAACGAUGCCCGCAAUUCAGAGACCAACCCCCAGGCAGUACUGCCACUUACAACGGCAAAUGUUACAUUUUCUACAACAGACAACCGAUGAAAUUCAGGGACGCUUUGGCUUUUUGCAGAAGUCGAGGUGGAACGUUGAUCGAUGAGAGCAAUCCAGCUUUGCAGGGUUUCAUCAGUUGGGAGUUGUGGAGGAGGCACAGAAGCGACGCGAGUGGCCAGUACUGGAUGGGGGCCGUCAGGGAUAAGCAGCAAGGAGGCUGGCAAUGGUUGAAAGGGGAAGAAGUGACUGUUUCCUUCUGGAAUCUCCCUGUUGGGAACGGAGAUUGUGCAAGAUAUGAUGGUACUAAAGGGUGGCUCUGGUCGGAUACCGAUUGCAAUAUGCAUCUGAACUACAUUUGCCAACAUCAACCUAAAGCUUGUGGAAGACCGGAACAGCCACCAAAUUCGACAAUGUUGGCCCAGAAUUUUAACGUUGGUACCACUAUCGAGUACAUUUGUGACGAAGGACACCUCCUAGUUGGUCCAACGACAAGGACUUGUCUGGAUACUGGAUUUUACAAUGAGUUCCCCCCUGUGUGCAAAAGAAUUCAGUGCGGGUACCCUGCUGAUAUAGCAAAUGGAGAGUACCUUUUGGUUAAUGACAGUGUCGGUUAUCUAAGCCGAGUUGUGUAUACUUGUGAUGAAGGUUAUGAGAUGAUUGGAAGAGCACAACUUGCUUGUGAUAUUGACGAGCGGUGGAAUGGUCCACCACCGCGAUGUGAACCUGUCCAAUGCGAACCACCUCUCGAAAUUGAAAAUGGAAAAUUUGAAUCGCCGACUAAUGAAACACUUUUCGGUUCUGUUAUUGAGUAUAAAUGUAAAUUUGGGUACAAGCUGAUCGGGCCGAAAACAAUCACAUGUUUGGCUAAUGGACAAUACGAUGCUCUUCCUCCUAAAUGUCAAGCUGAAGCCCUGGCAUCCACCACAUCGCCCCCAACGAUCUCCCGAUCCCCAUCCCGAACAACCCCCCGCAUUCGCACUCGUCCUCCCCGGCCGUCCCCCACAACCAUCCGCGCCGACACCGGCACCUCCAAUAAGACCCGCUCGACCACCACCCCCGCCAGCCGCACCUCCAGCUCCUCAUCCGUGCCCCAGAUCAUCGUCGCCGGGCAUCCCCAAGACAACGAAAUCGCCGGAAGCUCCAACAUCCAGCACGGCGAAGUGCCCAACGUCAACAUCCCCCUCUCCGUCGACGGUGAGCGUCGCGAAACCUUCGGCGCCAAACUCAACCUCGGCGCCGUCAUCGCCCUCGGCGCGUUCGGCGGCUUCGUCUUCUUGGCGGCCAUCAUCACCACCAUCGUGAUUUUAGUGAGAAGAAAUCGAAGUGCCAAACAUUACCGUCAUCGUGCCUCUCCAGACUGCAACACCGUAGCCUCGUUCGACUCAUCCAGUUCUGAAUCGCGAAACGGCUUGAAUCGCUACUACCGCCAAGCUUGGGAAAACCUCCAUGAAUCAGCCGGUAGCAAAGCUGGUCUAAAAGCAAACAAUUCAAACCACUCGCCCCUUAGACGCAAGGAAACCCUAGACGAGCCCUAUCGAAACAGUGAACGGCAUCGAGACGGCUCCGAGUUGGUAGUAACUGAAGCCUUUAACGGUAAUAAAGCCGCCGAGAAGAAACGACACCACCAUCACCACCACCACCACGACGGAAAGCAACACAAGGACGGGAGGGACUGGCGUGACCCUAAACCGCCCCUGAACCGGGACCAAAAGAGAUAUUGACAACCUUGUAUGAUUAUAACAGUACAAUUGGACGACUAGGAAAUUUUAAAUUAUUUAUUUAUUGCUAACUGGUAUGUGAAGCUGAUGGUUUUAACUCUGAUACCAUUAAACCAAAUAUGUUGCUGGAUUUGGAGUGAAGAGACUCGUUAGUGGCUAUUUGAGGGUUUUCUCAAGCGGCGUUUCAAUAUUCAUAAUUAGUGUAAAUAAAUAUAGCAGCAAGGAGCGCAGAAGGAUGAUGGUUGAAUUCCUUGGCCUUACUUUACGAGUCAAUUAUUUUAGCUUAAAGUUUUAUUUAAAGUAAGGCUAAUGUGAUUCACAGUACAAAAGUGAAGAACAAUGGAUGACUGAUUCGUAUAUUUGUGUAUAAAAUGUAGUUCUCCCUGAUUUCUGAUUUUAAACUUAGUUUGAGAUAAUUUAUUAGGGAAGGUAACCACUUAUUAGUGCCAUUGGAUUAGGCAACUGAAAAAUUCUACGCAAAAAGCAUACCUAGUACUUGAUGGCAGCAUGUGUUUUUAUGCAUCAUUACCCAAAAAGCUAGCAAUAAGUACCUAUAAUUAGUGAUUAAUUCGUAUGUAAGAUAAAUGUAUCAUAUAAUAUACAAAUUAAAAUAUAUAUUUAUGACUA